AUGCUAGACAGGACCUCACUAAAGGGAAUGGAGGAAUGCCAGUCGUGCUAUUUCACUCGUGGUGAUUGCCAUGCGGGACUCGCAAGGUUGACUGGAAUGUAUUCACUCAACAUGACUCUGGUAAGGCCUGCCUCGGAGAACUCUACAACUCGGACCGAGCUCGGAUCUGUUGGGUCAGCUGGUGAGAGCGUGCCGUUGCCAUCCACCGCCUAUUUGGCCUCUCUGAUUGACUGGACUCGAGCCCGGGGCCUCGGCCCGAUGACUCUUAGUCGAGGUUGCUUUACCUUCGAACAGCCCGUGUUAACAGAAGCCAACCACUCGAGCCAAAGGAGCUCGGACAAUGAGAUCACGGGACUCGAGCUGCGGAUCUCCAUCCGACGAGUGGAGCCGGCGACAGUUCGUCUGGCCGACGGAGCGGACGAGCGACUGAAGCAGGGCAGGGAAGCUGGGAAGCAAGCGAUCUUGGCCAUGAGAGCUUACCAGGAGAAUUCCGUCGUCUAUUGUAUAGCGCAAAGCACGACAGACAGUGGCCAGAUAUGGACGGACUCGGAGCCGAGCACUGGGAUGGACGCGAGCAAUAAACGUAAGCUACCGAUUUGA